AUGAACACUUUUAUCGCUAUUUUCGCUAUUUUCGUCGCUUUCUGUGAGGCUAAACCAAAUAUGGGUUAUUAUAAAAACAUGGAUGUGGAUGGUGUUGAAGCUACUAAACCCGUCAAAAGUCUAGAGCCCGAAUAUGAAUCCGAUGACGAUUAUUUUGGAGCAGAAGGAGCUGGAGCCGCAGCAAUUAGUAAUCCAGCUGCAACAUAUUUAGAAGGAGCAGAUUUUGAGAAAAUCGAAGCUCCAAAAUGUCAAAUGCUUGGUUGCACUGGACCAAUUCCAAAUGAUGGUUCAUAUGCAAUUCUUUCUGCAUCAAUCGAUGGAAAAGCUUGCAAUCAAAUGUUUGUUCCAAUGAAUGGAUGUGUUGAUAACAAAGGAUAUCCAAUGGGAAUGUUAUGUUCAAUUUGUUGUGAUUGUGCAAACUCAUUUACAAAUGAAAUGAAGAAAACAUUCGGAUACAAACAAGAAAUCAAAACCGAAUCUCUUCUUGCUUAA